AUAAAUAAUUCUUUGAUCUGCAGGUUUCUUAACCUAAACCUACAACAUGUGACAUCAAUGGCGCUAAUUAAUUGAAUGGAGUAUUUAACAUAGAUGUGAAUGAAAAUAAGCAAAAAGGAUUGAUUACAUGGAUAUGAAUAUAUAUAACCUAAGCUUCUGAUGGAAAAAUAAAAAAAUAUAAUUAAAAAAAAAAGAAGAAAAAAGAACCUUUAAUUAGAAUUUCAUGAGGAGAUGGUAGGACUUUUGAAUGAUUCUGACAGCGAGGACGAACUACCACCAGGUUGGGAAGAGAGGACAACGUUGGAUGGGAAUGUUUAUUACGUAAAUCAUUACACGAAAGGCACGCAGUGGACGCAUCCUAGAACAGGUCGUAAGAAGAUUGUUGACGGAGAAUUACCACCUGGAUGGGAGAGAUGUAUAGCAGAUGAUGGUAAAGUACUGUUUGUUGACCAUACAAAUCGUACAACAACUUACACAGAUCCACGUCUAGCCUUUGCCACUGAAUAUAGAGAGAUGUCUCAGCCAGUGCGACAGCGAUUUGAUGGAAGUAGCACUGCUAUGGCAGUGUUGCACGGUCGAGAUUUACGUAAUAAAAUUGCUCUUGUUACAGGAGCCAAUACAGGCAUUGGAUAUGAAACAGCCAAAUCAUUAGCUUUGCAUGGUUGUGAUGUGAUAUUAGCCUGUAGAGAUAUAGAAAAGGCUAAUGAAGCUAUAAAACGCAUUCAGGAAGAGAAGGAGACUGCAAAUUGUAUGGCUUUGCAAAUGGACUUAUCGUCAUUGCGUAGCGUGCGAGAGGCUGUUGAGCAAUUUAAGCAGAAAUUUCAAUCUCUUCAUAUUCUUAUAUUAAACGCCGGUGUGUUUGGACUAUCUUAUCAGCUUACAAAGGAUGGUUACGAAACAACGUUUCAAGUCAAUCACUUGUCGCAGUUUUAUCUGACACUUUUGUUAGAAAAUAUUAUACAAAGUUCUAGCAAUCCUAGGAUCGUAAUAGUUUCUAGUGAGUCUCACAGAUUUUCAUCAAUACGUACUCCAGAAGAUAUUCAUCAGUCAACUUUGUCACCAGCAGCGUACAAAUACUGGACGAUGGGAGCAUAUAACGACUCGAAGCUCUGUAAUCUUUUGUUCGCGCAAGAACUGGCACGAAAGUGGCCCUCUGUAAGCGUAUUUGCUUGCCAUCCUGGUAAUCUGGUGUCCACAUCCUUAUCACGUCAUUGGUGGUUGUACCGAUUGUUGUUCGCCUUAGUACGACCAUUCACAAAAUCAUUGCAACAAGCAGCAAGCACAGUAGUAUUCUGUGCUACAGCACCUGAGUUAGAGGGUGUAACAGGUGGCUAUUUCAACAAUUGUUAUCGUUGCCAACCAUCGAAUCCAGCAUUAAAUCUUGCAUUAGCCGCGCGAUUGUGGACUUUCAGUCAAGAUAUGAUAACAGAUAUCUUAAAAAAAAAUGGGGAUAAUUAUAAUGAUGAAUAAGAUUUAUCUUAUUAAUAAGAGCAUUUACAGUAUAUCAGCUGAUAGCAGGUAAAAUGAAAAAGAAUGUUUUUAAUCAUACUAUAUAUAUUA